UGACCGUUGGCGAAAGUUUGUUUAUAAUUUUAUGAAGAAUCUUAACUUAAUUUAAAAUUUGGGCCAUUCUCUCAUUGUAAAACGCGGAAAAAAUAAAGUUUUUUACACAUAAGAUGCUUAGACAGCAACAUGGAUAAAAUAAAGUCGCACACAUUAAUCAGUGAUGUUAAAAAUAAGGACGAACUGUUCGAUUUGAUUGUUAGUGAAUUGCGCGGCCAUGGUAUCAAAUAUCGCAAAGAUAAACGAACAAAAUCUGGUCAGGACAAAGGACGCUGUAAAAGAAUAUUCAACGCUCCUUUGCACACACUGGAGCUGACUGAUGUGAUCCUUGCCAACGGAAGGGUUGCACAGGUUCCCCUGUUCGUUUCCGACGCAUGCCAACGAAUUCUGGAACAAGUAAACACGGAGGGUUUGUUCCGAAAAGCAGGAUCAUCAAAGCGACAGCAAGAGAUUAAGGCAAGCCUAGAAACUGGAAUUCCACUCGGAAAAUCACAUCACGUCAUAGAUGUGGCCAACUUACUUAAAUCUUUCUUCAGAGAUCUGCCCGAACCUCUCCUACCGACAGGAAAUAUUCAGGAAGCUCUGAUCCGCUGUCUUUUGUCGGGUGAGCAUAAGGUGUACGAUCUCAUGAUAACGUGUCUGCUGCUUCCGCCAAUCACACUUAAUACAAUGGCGUUUUUCAUGCAGUUUCUACACACCGUUUCAUUGCACUGUAGUGCUAAUAAAAUGACUAUCGAAAAUCUCGCCAUCAUUCUAACGCCAAAUCUUAUGCCGAUUGCCGAAAUGGUUCAGCAACGAUUGACAACUCAUGUAAAAAUCGUGCAGCUGCUCAUUGAAAACUCCCACGAAAUUGGCGUUGUACCAGAUACCAUUCUAGAGAAGCUUAACGAAUCCAACUACACUAUGAUGCGGAUACAAUCGGUUGAUACUGGCAGUACCACAGUUAACACCACCGAUAAAAAGAAGAAAAAACGACGCAGCGGAUCUCUGACGCGAAUGUUUCAUGGUCUUCGAAAAAUUGUCGGCGCUAUUGGAUCGUCAGAAAGUUUGGAUAAAACGGAUGACUUUCUUGACAAAGAAAGUACAACGAGUGGUACUACUCCAUGUCUGAACAAAUCCUCCAAAAAGCGGAAAGUUACCGAUGGAAUGCCAUUUAGUGCUAAGAAAAAGAAAGAGGUAGUUUCAUCACUUCCUGAUAAUCAAGAAAUACUGCCAUAUACGCCGAUUGCCAUCAUGAAGGAAGCCAAGAAAUCUCGGCUUAGCUUGGGUGGUGGUAACAAACACAAAUCAGUAAGUGGAAAAAACGCAGCUCUGCCCAUAACAUCUUUAGUUGAUGAUAAACCUAUGGAACGGCGGUGGAGUGUAGUCGGAGCUCCAUGGGCUAGGAAAAAGCCACACAAUCGAAACAAAACGACCGCUAAGAAAAAUGAUAAAAGUGCAUGCGGUUCCGGAAGUAGCGAGUUUGGUUUCGGAAACAAAACUGGACACGAAGAUGACGGGGAGGCGGCCAAAAUAUUGUCCGAACUGUCGCCAGUAGUUUCGCUUCCAAAUCUAUCUACUCCGGGAUUACAGAAAGAAGUAAAUUUAUUCGAUCAGCAAAAUGAUCAGCCAGUGCUUAAGGGGAAAGCAUUAUUCCAAGAUGAGGAUUCCGAGCGGAAAGAUGAGCAUGAUAACGAGGAAUACGUACGAAUUUCCAAAAGCGAAUACGAAGCCAUCAAAGAAAGAGUAUCAGCCAUUGAAACAAGGAUUUCUCAGGAGUUCGGUUCAAUUGUUGCUUGUGGGAAUGCAACAAAUUCCAACUGUGAGGUAAUCAGUUUGGAUCGAGUUGAGAACAAAUAUCAACAAGUCCUAGAACAAACGGAGCCUAUUGAGGCCAGCUGUUCCACCACAGAUCAACUAGCGAAAAGAUUAAGUCGAGAAUUGAAAAUACGGCGAAGUUCUGAGCAUAAAGUUAUGCGUUCACCAAGUGCACGAAAAAUUGGAACAAUUAGAAGGAGAUCGCGUGAAAAUGUUCGACUGUCUAGAAAUCAAUCUUGGCAUGUAGCGACUACUAGUGCAACAAGUACUAAACCAUGGCUGCCAAUUGUUUCAGACCAUUCAUUCUAUCCCAAGACUAAUUUAAAGCGUGGACGACCAAAUACGGUCCAAAGUGGUUUAAAACAACCUGAUUUAAGUCCUAGCAAGCCAAAGGAAGAUGAAAGUGUCACAACAUUUGACCAGAACAUAACCGACGAACAAAAAAAGCAAGACGAAAAGUGGACUUGUGCGCAAAGCUUUUUUGAUGAAUUAAUGGGAUCUCCGUCAAAACCAUCAGAACCAACGGAUGAAAUUUUCAAAACGCCCGAAGUAACAAUUACUCCUAGAAGAACCUCUCUUCGGUCGCUGAAUAGUUCCAAGAAAAACACUCCUCAUUAUGUGACUAAAAUUGAAGUAGGAGGUAUCAAAACGCCAAUGCUGCCACCAGUAAUACCACCACGGAAAACGUCAGCAAAAACACCAAUGUUUCCCCCAAGAACGCCUGGCCGAAUAGAUUCGGUAGUGCUUAAAACUCAUUUAACUCCACUACAAGAUGCCCAAUCUGGUCGAGCUUCAAUUGCACGUCUACGAAGUCAAAACGCCGGAAUGGUAAUGGCUAAAGCAAAACUGUUUGAUGGAAUGGUUUCAAAUGUAAAUCAACCUUCUAAACAUAACCCCCAGUUAAACAGGCGACAAAGUAAUAAAUUCACAGUGAAAACUAGCGCUGAUGGAAGCCAAAUACUUAACCCAGUGAUGCAAGUUCCAGAAAAUAUUCAACUGCGUCAAGUUAAAAAAGUUAGAAGCAUUUCGUCCAACGAUAACGCCAAAAGCCCUCGUCGAUUGAACACUCCCCGGAAACGAGCUAUUACGAAAUCUCCUCAUGGAGGAAUUAAUCGCAGGGAAAUAUUACGACUUGCUGCAAAAUCCCCAUCUGCUUCCAAGAUCCUGCAAAGCACGCCUAAAAUCAUACGUUCCUUGCAAAAUGAUCCCAACAUAUUGAAGAACAUGAAUGCGACCGAUCGUGAAAUGGUCACCGGUUUCUCGCUUAAUAUGUUUGACCUGGACAACAAAACACCACAGUUCAAAAAGCAAAUGAUUCGAAAUUCACCGAGGAGACUGAUUUCAGGCGCUAGUCCACAUGGUCGAGAAAAUAGACCACGCAAACAAACGCCGCUUAAAGCAACCCCACUUUCAAAACUGGCAUUGACAGCUGAGUUAUCUAACAGAAGCAACAACGCAGAUAAAAGCCCUCGAACCUACAAACGAGAAUCGCCACGAUUACUGGCCAACAUGGUUAAUCAAGCUCCUAGACGAUCAUCUAGUGCCAAUUCAUUGAUCCGACCUUAACAACAUUUGAAAUCAAUCCAAAGUAAUUUGGACGAAAAAAAAUACAUAUUCAAGCUUAGCUUUAGAAACUGUUCACGUGACACAAGAUUACGCAGUUGACUUUGCUGAAACAUCGAAAAAUUCAUUAUUAACUGCCAUUUUUAAAUCAAGAUUUAUUAAAUGCUUACAAUUGA